AUGGUGAAGGAGAGAUUGACCCUGACGCUGGAGAGGUACCACCGCUUCUUCGUCGACCCCUACGCCACCCGCCUCACCACCGUCCACCUCAACAACAUCAUCUACAUGCAUGGUUUCGCCAGGCUCCACGGCAAGAAGUCCCAGAUCAUGGACCACAUGGUGGGGCAGGUCGACCUGCAGCCGCCGCGCCGCUCAACGCUGCACGGUAGCGCCGCGCUCGCGCCGCCCUCCGCCGCGCGGAUCGCCGCCGCACAGGCCUCGGCCGACGUCGACGCCAUCGGCUGGGCGGAGUGCCCCAUCGGCUGCGUCACCGCCUUCUCCGCCUUCGCUGACCCGCCGGACCCGGUGGAGCCCAUGCCCCCGCCCGCCCACCACAUGCUCGCGCUGGCGAUGCCCCUGCGCCGCCCACGCUCCAAGAGGACGCGCACCUCCCCUUACCAGCUCCCUGCCGCGUCCAACACGGCCAAGGUGAAGGAGGAGGCGGUCAUGGAAGAGGAGGGUGAGGAUAUGUCGUUGGCGACGCCGUCGCCGCCGCGAUGGAUGCGCUCCCCUACCCCGCCACCUCCGCCGCCGUCGCCCACGCCGCGGCCACAGACCGUGGUGCCUCCGCCACUAUGGAUGCGCUCCCCUACUCCGCCACCUCCGCCCCCGUCGCCCUCUCCGCGGCCGCAGACCGUGGUGCCUCCGCCUUCGCCGCCGUGCAGGGGCCAGCCUGAGUUGGAGCCGACCCUCUCUCGUCCACCAGGCUUCGGCUCGCCGCCGGAACCAUGCAGGAGCCGGCCUACGCUGGAGCGGAUCCUCCCCACACCACCACCACCAGGCUUCGGCCCGCCGCCGGAACCAUGCAGGAGCGGGCCUACGCUGGAGCCGAUCCUCCCAACACCACCACCACCAGGCUUCGGCCCGCCGCCGGAACCAUGCAGGAGCGGGCCUACGCUGGAGCCGAUCCUCCCAACACCACCACCACCAGGCUUCGGCCCGCCGCCGCAACCAUGCUGGAGCCGGCCUACGUUGGCGCCGCCUCCUACCCCACCACCAGGCUUCGGUUCGCGCCAGGUGGCGCCGCCUCCUCCGCACCUGUCCUGGGGCUUGCCGUUGCGACCGCCGUCGGGCCCAGGAGCGCCUACGUUCACGCAGCAUCUUCAGCCUGCAGGUCCGGCACCACUCUGGCGCUCGCCGAUGUCGCCGUCUUAUCCGGCACCGUGCUGGGGCGCGCCUUCUGGGCCGCCGCCGGCGCAAGCGCCUUGGCGCUGGCCACAUCCACCGCCGCGCUGGGCACCACCUCAUAUGCUGCGCCCGCCGCCGCCACCCUGGGACUGCAUGAGGCCGUUUGCACCUCCUAUGCCGCCGCAACACCCGCCGCAUUUUGAGAUGCAGCAUACGCCACCGGCACCGGGGGCGUGCUCGGGCAGGCAGGUGAUUUACUUCUAG